AUGCUGCAGUUUGCAUCCUAUUUUUUGGGCGUCCUUAUAAUCCUUAAUUUGCGUCCAUCCUUGGCCGCUUUCCAGGAACCCGAAAUCCAGGAUAAAUUGGAUGGUAUUAAAGAGUCCCUCAAGACGAUGAUAACGAAGGAGGACUUCGAGACAAAACUGCAGGACCUUCAGAACCAGCUGGAUGACCAGUUUUUGGCGCUGCAGAACAGUUCACAGGAUAUUUUGAACAAACUGCCGCAGAAGAAGCUCUCUAGGAAUAAUCUAAAACAUAUACCACCAAAGUUCGAGCAAAUCGAUUCGAGAUACUUUUAUAUUGAAAACAACGAAAUUCAGGAUUGGCCCACAGCUGGAGAGACCUGUCGCCAGAUGGGCGGCUAUUUGGCAGCGAUCCAAAACGAAUCGGAACUGAAUGCACUCAAAGUGAGACUCGCCACAAACUCAUAUUACUGGCUGGGCAUUCACGAUCGCGAGGAGAAGGGCGAAUUUGUAUCAUUGGCCACCGGAAAGGCAGCCAAAUUUCUGAAAUGGCACAUCGGAUAUCCCAGAAAUUACACACAAGUUCAAGGCGAGCCAAUAGUGUUGCAAAAUGAAAUUAUUGAGGAGCUGGAUGAGAGCGAGGAGGAGGAGAAGGAGGUCCUGGCGCUUUUUUCCGGAGCUUGCUAA